AGCCAGCGCAGUUGCCAAGCGCUUGGUCAGUGUGUGGGAAGUGCUGAAAUUUCAGAACGUCAGUGCCCCACCGCCGUUGAUCACCGGGACACAACUGCCGUUACUCCCUGUUGGAUAGUUGAAGAACUAGGAGGAAAACUGUCAAUCCAAGGACCAAAAUAUAUCUAGCCAAAGUCCCGAUACAAUCGCGGAAAUAAGAAGUUGAAAGUUUCGCUCUGGUUUAGUAGUUAGUAAAAACGGAUUUAAAGCUAGCGUUAGAUCGGGUGGUCAGUUUAUUAACCCAUCUUUGUAACGACGUAUUCUUUGACAAUUUGUCACAGUUGAACAGCGAUUGGGGUAAUUCCCAAUCAUACCGAAUUGCUAGAUGAUUAUGGAGAAGAAGAGGAUGGAUUGCCCCUUUCUGCCACCGGGUUGGAAGAAAGAAGAAGUGAUCCGGAAGUCAGGGCUCAGUGCUGGCAAGAGUGAUGUUUAUUACUACAGUCCCACGGGGAAGAAGUUCCGGAGCAAACCCCAGCUGUCCCGUUACCUGGGCAACAGCGUGGAUCUGGGAUGCUUUGACUUCCGCACGGGCAAGAUGGUGCCCAGCAAACUGCAGAUGAAGAACAAACAGAGACGGAAUGAGAACCUCAGCAUCAACAAGGCAAUGUUAAAGGGUAAACCAGACCUAAACACAGCACUUCCAAUCAGACAGACAGCCUCCAUCUUUAAACAGCCAGUCACCAAAGUGGUUAACCACCCUGGGAACAAGGUGAAGACAGACCUUCAGAGAGCCACUGAGCAGCCACGACAGCUCUUCUGGGAGAAGCGGUUGAAUGGUCUGAAGGCCUCCGACAUCACAGAAGAGGUCCUCAGGACUAUGGAACUUCCCAAAGGUCUAACAAGUGUUGGUCCGGACACGUCGGAUGAGACGCUCCUCUCGGCCAUCGCCAGUGCUCUCCACAUGAGCUCCUCUCCCAUCACCGGUCAGACCUCCUCGGCUGCAGAGAAGAACCCGGCAAUCUGGCUGAACACGUCACAGCCCCUCUGUAAAGCCUUCCUGGUCACCGACCAGGACAUACGGGAACAGGAGCUGAAGGUGAUUCAGGCUCGCAGGUGUCUGGAGGACGCGCUGAUGGCAGAUGGGUUGGCGCGGACCGCAGAGUCCAGAAGGGACUCCGACCACAAGGCUGCAUAGGAGACCUGUCAAGUGACUUUUCUACCAGAGGCAGGUCCCACAACGCUGAAGAGGAUGACACGGUCAUCAACAAGACAA